AUGGCAUCCGAGCAAGAUCUUCAGACCCACAAGGUCUCAACAAUUAUUUCUUUGGCUUUAUCGGUUUACGGAAACGUACGCUACCUUGUAGGUAGGACACCGUAUGAUUCUCAUGGUGGAUUUCACGUAAAAGAUACUCCUUUCACUGCAAACAUUAUUGUUACGUUAGUUUACUGGGGUCUCUUUUACUUCAUGGCUAUAUCGUUUGUCACCCAGAUCUUUCUUCCAUCUUUGGAAAAUCUGAGAGCAAGAGCAGAUGUCGUGAAACUCGUUGGAUGGCAUUUUACCAUGUUCAACUUACUUUCAUUCAUCUGGUCACUUUUGUUUGCUAAGAAGCAUUUCUUUUUCAGUGAAGUUGUGUUAUUGAUCAAUUUCCUCAAUGUGUUGUCUCUUUACUUCAGCCAUAAAACUUAUGAAAUUAAGCCUUUAAGCAGUUGGUUAUUGGUGCAUAUGCCAGUCACUGCUCUUCCAUUAUCUUGGCUUUUCUAUGCUAUAUUUUGGAACGGUGCUGUUUUGUUCCAUGUCCAUAAGUUUGUGGGAAGAGUUGUUUCUAAUGUCUUGAUUUGGGAUUUCUUACUUGUUCCAGGAUUCUUCGUUCUUAUCUACAAUGAUUGGGGUGUUGGUCUUACUUCUUCCAUUUUGGUGUUUGGAUUGGCCCUUGGUCAGCUUUUCACUAAAGUAUUUGCCUUGCAAUGGAUUUUUGCAUUCGUUAUUGCAGGUUUAUUAUUCGUUUUCAGUCUUGUAUCAGCUGUUUCUGGCAGUGCCUACGCUAGGAGGGGAGUAACAGAUGUUGAAAGUGCUCCUUUGAUCGAAGAAAGCUAA